AACAUAUCUCAAUACAAUUUUCUCUAUUUAUAAAAAUUUUCACCACAAAGUUUUUCCAAAACAAUGGCUUCUUUAUAUAAAGAUCUUCAUUUUCUAUUGAUACCUUUAAUGUCACAAAGCCAUAUUAUACCAUUAAAUGAUUUUGCAAAAUUACUAGCACUUCAUGGUGUCCAUGUCUCAAUUAUCACAACACCUUUUAAUGCCCAAAAGUACAAAUCUAUAGUCACAUAUGCUACAAAAUUCAAUCUAAAAAUCCAACUAAUUCCUAUACAUUUUCCAAGUCAAGAAGUUGGAUUACCUCAAGGAUGUGAAAAUUUGGACGCACUUAAUUCACUAGAGUUGAUUAAAGAUUUCUUUUUGGCAAGUGAUAUGAUGCAAGAACCAUUAGAGAAAUUGAUACAAGAUUUGGAACCAAAGCCAAGUUGUAUUAUUUCUACUAGUCCACUUAUUUGGACUCAACAAGUUGCUAAUAAGUUCAAGAUUCCAAGGUAUGUAUUCCAAACAAUUUCUUGUUUCACUUUAUAUUGUUCAAACAUAUUAAAUCAAACGAAUAUACAAGAUACCCUUGUAGUGGAUUCUGAUUCAUUCUUGAUCCCUAAUGUUCCACACAAUAUUGAGUUUACAAAAGCUCAAUUGCCUAAUGGUUCUCAAGAUAUGAAUAGUAUUUUGGACAAAAUGAAGAAGUCCCAAGAUUUGGCAAGAGGUACUUUGAUCAAUAGUUUUGAAGAAUUGGAGUCUUGGUAUGUUGAUGCAUACAAGAAAGAUGUGAACAAAGUAUUUUGUGUUGGUUCAGUAUCAUUAUGUAACAAAGAAAUGGAUGAUGAAAUGGUUGAUAUUAAUUGUUUGAAUUGGCUUGAUUCUAUGAAGCCAAAAUCAGUAAUUUAUGUUUGUUUUGGUAGUCUUUGUAACAUUUCAUUCAUGCAAAUGAAGGAAAUUGGAUUAGGGUUAGAGUCAUCAAAUGUGGCUUUCAUUUGGAUAAUUAGAGGGCUAAAUUUUACAUUAGAAGUUGAAAAAUGGCUAAGGGAUGAAAAUUUUGAAGAGAAGGUUAAAGGAAGAGGGAUGAUUAUUCGAGGGUGGGCCCCACAAGUUAUGAUAUUAUCUCAUCCGUCUGUCGGAGGGUUUCUGACGCACUGUGGAUGGAACUCGACUCUCGAAGGAAUCUCAUGCGGCGUGCCUAUGAUUACUUUUCCCAUGUUCGCCGAGCAGUUUUACAACGAGAAGUUCAUCGUGAACGUUCUGAAGACCGGAGUUCGAGUCGGCGUUGAAGUGAUUAAUGACCCUUGGAACAAAGAGAAGAAUGGAGUGCCGGUCAACAAGGAUCGAAUAAAAAAAGCAAUAGAUCAAUUGAUGGAUAAAGGAUUAGAAGGUGAAGAAAGAAGAAAAAGAGCAAAGGAGCUAGCACAAAUUUCAAAGAAGGCAAUACAAGAAGAAGGUUCUUCUUACUUGAAUAUCAAAUUAUUAAUUGAAGAUGUCAUGCAUGUACUCAAAAAUAAAGUGGAAAAAAAUGAGUGAAUAGGAUUUGAAGAGUUGUAGGAGUGUAAGUUAUAAUAUUAUAAUGCAUAUAUAGUUAUGCAUUAAUUAAUCAGUAUUAAAUAGUGGGUCCCUCAAGGACCAAUGUAGUUUGUUGGUUGGAGGAAUUUAAUAAAAGUUUGUUGGAAGUU